AUGGGCGGGGGCGAUGCGGCGGCGCGGGCGCUGUCAGUGCAGCUAAAGCAGGGGACGCGCAACGCGCACGACGUCUUGGACAUUGUAGAGCGUCGCGCCGCAGAUUUGAACGAGGUGCACGUGUGCCUCGCGCUCUCGCGCCUGGCGGCCACCCUCCGCUUCGACACCGGCGCGCAGCGCCACGCCGCCCGGCGCCGCCCCGCGUUCUCCGCGCUCCUCGCGCUCGCCGAGGCGCGCGCGCCCGCGCUCAGCGGCCGCCAGGCCGCCAUGGCGCUCACCUCGCUCGCCUGGAUGCAGGCCGGCGCGCGCGGCGGCCUCCUGGCGGCGCUCGAGGCUCGCGCGCGGCAGCUGCUGCUGGGCGCAGCGAUCGAGCCAGAAGACACCUGCCACUGCGCCUGGGCGCUAUCAAAGCUGGGGUACCACCCUGGCGGCCUGCUUGAGGACGCCUCGCGCAGCGCGCUGGCAUCCGGCUGGCUACGCCAGCUGCCGGCCAAGCCGCUCGCCGGCCUGCUGUGGGCGCACGCGCGCGGCGCGGCGGGCGGCGCGGCGCCCGCGCCAUCGCUGCCGGGGCUGCUGCGGGCGGCGAUGGCGGAGGUCGCGGCGCCGGGGUUCUUGGAGACGUUUGCGCCCCAGGAGCUGUCCAUGCUGCUCUGGAGCCUCGCCACGCUCAGGGGCAGCGGCAGUAGCGGCAGCGGGAGCAGCGGCUGCGUCGGCGACAAUGUGGGUGAUCACGACCCUAGCAGCGCGGAGGCCGGCGCUGGUUUGCCUCUUCUCAAGCAGCAGCAGCAGCAGCAACAGCAGCAUCAGCAGCAGCAGCAGCAGUUGCAGGCGUGCGGAGCGGAGGUACCCCCGGCGCUGCUGGCGCGCAUCACGGCGGUCGCGGCCGACAGGGUUGUGAGCUUCACGCCGCAGGGCAUUGCCAACACGUGCUGGGCGCUGGCACGCCUGGCGCCGCACGCGCUGCGGCCGCCGGCAGCACCGCAGCAGCAGCAACCGCAGCAGCAGCAGCAGCAGCAGCAGCAGCAGCAGCAGCAGCAGCAGCAACAAGAUCCAGACGACGCGCGCCGGCAGCUGUCGCGCCAGGCGCGGCGCCUGCUCCAGGCUUUCUGUGACUCAGCGGCGGCGCAGCUCGAGUACUACCGGCCACAGGAGGUCUGCAACCUGCUGGGGGCUGUGGCAGUCCUGGGGACGCCGCACGCACAGCUGGUUACGGCCGCGCAGGGAUACCUGAGGACGAAGGCGCACCUGCUGUCAGACUGGGACGUGGCCGAGGCGCUGUGCGCGCUGCUGCGAUUGGGGUCGCCGCCGGACCCCGCGCUGCUGCAGCGCCUGUCGCACCGCGCGGCGCAGCUCGCGGGCGCAGCCGCGCCGCCGGCUCUCGCGCGGUGCGCGUGGGCGCUCGCGCGCGCGGGUGGGGACGCGGCGCCGCUGGUGGCCGCCGCGGCCGCGCGGGCGGGCGGGGGCGACGGGCACGCCUUUCUGGCGGCACUCGCGGCGCGCGAGCUAGCGCUGCUGCUGUGGGCGGCGGCGGCGACGCAGGCGGCGCAGGCGCAGGCCCCUGCACAGCCGCAGCCAGCGGCCCGCUCGGCGGCGCGCCGAGCCGCCGGGGCCGGCGCCGCUGCGCAGCAGCAGCAGCAGGCAGAGCAGCAGCGGGCCAGGGCGCGGCAGCUGCGCGAGGAUGCGGCGGUGCUGGCGGCGGCAGUGCAGGGGGCACUGCAGGUCAGGUUGGCAGAGUGUGACAGCCACACACUCACCACAGCCCUUGUAGCUGUCGCGCGAUUCGGGCCAGACGAGUCCACAGCCGCAGGCCACGCAGACAGGGCAGUUGGCCGCGGCACGGACGGCUGCGGCAGCAGCUUUGCGGCGGCAGCAGCCAGGCAGCUGGCCCGGCCCGCCGGGGCGCCUGCGCCGCGGCACGCGGCGGCGGCCGCUUGGGCGGCCGUGCGGCUGGCGGCCGACGCGGCGGCGAGCAGCAGCAGCAGCAAUCGUGGGGAGAGCCAGGCAACUGUGGCGGCGGCGGCGGGCGCGCUGCUCGCAACCACCAUUGACACCCUCGAGCGCACCAGCGGCUGGCGCACCCUGCCGGCGGGCUCGGCGGUCGCACUGCUGUGGGCAGCGGCGGCGGCAGCGCCCUCUGCGUUGUCGUCUGCUCAGCGGGCGGCGGUGCUGCAGGCAGCCGCGCGCUGCGCGCACGCGGUGGGGCCCCGCGAAGCUUCCGCGGUCUGCUGGGCGGCGUCGGCGCUUCUGAUGCGUGAGGGGCGCCGGGGGGCGGCGCAGGGCGCGGAUGAGGCGGCCCGAGAGCAGCUGCGUGCGGCUGCGCUCGCGGCCCACCGGGCGGCCUGCGACCGGCUGGUCGACUGCAUAGAUUCAUGGCUUCGCCGAGGGGCGCGCGGCGGGCCGCGCGCGGCCGGCGGCGCGGCGGCCGUGCGCAGCAGCCACCUGGCCGCCGCGGCGGUGUCGUGCGCGCGGCUCGGCGCCGCGCCGCCGGCGCUGAUGGCGGCGGUGCAGGAAGCUUGGGACGAGCUUAUUGAGGCAGGCGGCUGCGGCGACUCUGAGGGGGCCCAGCUGAUGUGGGCGCUCGCGCGCUGCGGCCGGCCGGCGCCGCGGCACUGCGUCGAGGCGGCGUCCGACGCGCUGCUGCUGCGCUUCGGCGGCGGCGGCGGCGACAUCGGCGGCGGCGCGUCGGCGCGUGCGGACGCAGCGCUCGCCCAGCUGUCGCUCGAGGCGUUUUGGGCGCUGCGCCACCGGCCGGGCGACGCGCUCGCGCGCGCCUUGCAGCAGCGCGCCACUUCGGCCCUAGAGGGCGCCAACGCGGGAGCGGCCGCUGAGCUGGCGGCA